CCUAAACGAGACCAUUAGAUUGUGGGGUUUUCCUUGUGUGUUUUGUGAGUCAUUUCCUGUCAUUUAUCUGUCAAUUUUGUACCCACUUUGUGCAUUCUUUGCUGGUCAGUAACUGUGCGACAUUCAUGACUGUGCCAAGAUCUGAUGUCUGUAAGAGAGUUCAAAUAUUGAAUUGUGGCGUGAUGCACUGCACAGCCCAACAUCAGGGCAAAGAUUGCCGUGACUGGGAGCAAUGUACAAUUGUACAUCGUCACAUCUGGACGCCAGUGUAAGAGGAGACUGCUCACGUAUCUUGGGAUGAGUUGAACGAGGAGGUCGUCAAUCGUUAUGACUGCUCGUCCAAACUCGGAUCGAAAGCAAUACAUCAUCAGGAGUGGUUACUGUUACACAAGACUUCAAAAUUGAUGUCCUGAGUAUGUCAAGUGAAGAAAGGGGAUUCAAUGAAGAAACACCACUGCCAAAUGUGAUAGACAUCCCUUCGUCAUGUUUCUGAACCAGAUGUAUCUUUGAAAGUCUUGGGCGUAUUCAUGGACAAAAAUCGUAAUGUUUCUGAAUCCUAGUCGCAGGUGACGUAUCUUUUCAAACUCUGACAGAGUAUCUUUUCAAACUCUGAAAACUUGCCAUGAUGAUGGACUUCGACGAGUUAGACGUCGGCUGCAACGCGGACUUCACCCUCCACCGCGCCAACGAGCACUACAGCAGCCAGGCGCUGCGGCUGAUGCAUGACUUGCGCCAGUCGCGCAAGCUCUGCGACAUCCGCUUGCGCGUCGCGGGGCAGGAGAUACUGGGUCACCGGGUCGUGCUGGCCGCGUUCAGCCCGUACUUCUACGCCAUGUUCACCGGGGAUAUGUUGGAGGCUAGCCAAUCAGAGGUGGUCAUGAAACAGGUGGAUCCCAGAUCAGUGGAGCUGCUUGUGGAGUAUGCAUACACAGGGAUCUUGGAGAUCCACAUAGACACGGUUCAGUCCCUCCUGGACACGGCCGCCAUGCUGCAGCUCACCGACGUACAGAAGGCGUGCUCUGAGUUCCUCAAGAGACAACUGCACCCUGCUAACUGCCUAGGGAUCCGCAACUUCGCCGACGCCCACACCUGCACGGACCUAGUGGAAGCCUCGGGCAAAUUUGCCGAGCGUCACUUCACCGAAGUCGCCAACGAGGAGGAAUUCCUUCAACUCCCCAAACCCCAGCUGGCUGAGUUGCUCCAAUGCGAGGACCUGAACGUCCGGAGCGAGGAAGAGGUCUACAAAGCCAUCAUGCGCUGGGUCUACCACGACAAGGAGGCGCGGCGCGGGGAGAUCGCAGAGCUACUGCGCUCCAUCCGCAUGCCGCUCUUAUCCCCGCGAUUCUUGGUGGACACGGUGGAAGCGGAGGAACUGAUCAAGCAGGACAUCAAGUGCAGGGAUCUGCUGGACGAGGCCAAGAACUACCACAUGUUGCCGGACCGACGGACGCGGAUGCAGCAAGAGAGGAUUAAACCGCGGAGAUCUACAGUGGGUUCUAUCUAUUGCAUUGGAGGAAUGGAUAGCACUGGUCAUUCACUGAGUAGCGUUGAGCGCUACAACCUGAGUAACGGCCGAGUCAGCAUUGAGGCUAGCAUGAACUCACCACGGAGUGGGGUGGGCGUGGCUGUACUGGAGGGCAAGCUGUAUGCCGUAGGAGGCUACGAUGGAAGCCAAUACAUGAACACUGUGGAGUGUCUGGACCCGGCCACGCGACGCUGGCAUCGCAUGGCCUCCAUGCUCCACAUCCGACGCUACCACUCUGUCGUCGCUCAUGAUAGGCAACUGUACGCCGUCGGGGGAUAUGACGGCUCUACCGUGCUGGACUCGGUGGAAGCGUACGACCCACGAACAAACCGAUGGUGGAGAGUAGGUAGUCUGGAGACCAAACGCAGGCACAUAGGCGUGGCAGCCAUGGGCGAUUAUUUAUACGCAGUAGGGGGAAGCGACGGCACGUCGUACCUAAACAGCAUGGAAAAGUACGACCCCAGGUUAAAUCAGUGGAUUCCAGUGGACAGCAUGCAUUCCAGGAGAGGGGGUGUUGGAGUGGCAGCUCUCGGAGGGAGGCUGUAUGCCAUGGGAGGCUAUGACGGACAGUCCAACCUGAACACGCUGGAGAGGUACUACCCAGAGGAAGAUAGGUGGACGUUCCUAGCCCCAAUGGCUCAGUGCCGGUCAGGUCAUGGAUGCGUGGUAGUCGGUGACCUCAUGUAUGCCGUGGGAGGCCAUGACGGAGUCCAAUACCUGAACACCGUGGAAGUCUUUGACACGCAACUCGGCGAGUGGCACAGCCAGGGGCCUAUGGGGACGUGUAGGGCUGUGGCUGGGCUGGCAGUCCUCAAUAACAUUCCCUGUACCAACGUCUAACCCAGGCCCUGGGUCCUGCCUGCCUUAUCUUGUGGGAUCUGAUUGGAUGGCGUUUCUGAAACUGUUGAGGACAAAUCAGAACAACUGAGGACAUGUAUGAUCAUUACCGAGCAUGCCGUCCUCGGUAACAUUCCCGGUAUCAAAAUCCAACGCAGGUCCUGCUUGCGGGAUCCGUUUGGAUUGUAAUUUGCCAUAUGCUGUGGAAGUCUUUUCACAAUGCUGGCUGGAGCUCAUUAGAACUAGUGGUGACAAGUGAGGACGUGUAGAGUCAUGGCAAGGCUUGACGUCCCCACUAACGUUCCUCGAUCCAACGUCUUAGCAGGUGUUAUGGUCCUGCCAUCUAGUGGGGUCCAAGUGGUUUGUAGCCUACUGAACAUAGGGAGAGUCUUUGCUGCUUCCAAGCAGUGUCUUGCCAAGAGCCCUUCUGAAUGAGUGUGGAGGAGUGAGGACCUGUGCAUUCAUGGUUAAGGUUUGAGUCCUCAAUCAACAUGCUCUGAUCAAUUGGAUCCAGUUGAAGUGAAGUCUUCCAGACGCCGUUAAGGUCUUUGGCAUCCAGUUAAUUCUACCCAGUGCCCACGGAAACAGGCACUGAGAAGUGAGGCCAUUCAAGUACCUGAUGAUGCUUGAUGAUACCCUCGGCAAUUUACCAACGUCUUGCCAUGAUCUCCGGACCCACAAAUAUUCUCAGGUCGGACCAGAUCUGGGUAGGACCUACUGAGAUUGCAUAGUCAUGUGCACCACAAGACUGAUAGAAGCAGCUGGCACUGCUUUGGGGACAUUCGGAAGUAUCGGAUAGAUCCAUGCUUGGACAGAGAGUGAGAAAGUCUUUGACAUAUAGCUUCUCAGAGGUUUAUGAGGACAUGCAGGACCUCAAACAUUUACUGAUGCAAGAUCUAGGAAACAGCUUCAGGCCACACUAAUUUGUCCCAAUUUGGAACAUUGUGGAGACGUGGGAUCGGCUAGACGGGCGCUCCUCGGAAGACCUUGACAUCUGGCCCACUGGUUGACAAGUGGGACCUUCCUAUUAAUAAAGUGUGCUUUCAUUAAAUUUAUUUAUUCCAGAUUGCGAACUACGUGCUAAAGGAGCCACAGGCUCUGUGUACAUAAUGACUUGCGUAGCGUAAAGAGCGAGCUUAGUUAGGUCCAUUAUCAUGCUGGCUGCGAUAAGCAGGCACCUGCUUACAAAAUGGCCGUGUUCAACUCAACUGGCUGCGGCUGGGACUAACACACACAUCGAUGGAAAGUGGUUGUAGCCACAAGCCAGUGGCUUCCAUAGGCGCACGUGUUAUUUCCAGCCGCAGCCACAACUUUCAGGCACAGCCAUAGAUUAGUCACUGUGGGAUGGCGUCAAAUACUUCGCAGCUCUGUAACACAGUAUACAAACAUUGCAGGGAACGUAUGGCAGGCAGGACCUGAACCAUAGACUUUCUUUUUACAAGUGAGGUGUUCUGGUCACUUUACCAAACCACAGUUGUGACGAACCCCUACUUACUACUUCCUGCUAUCUUUAUUUUAGACCCUGUGUACACUAGCUGUGUGUAGAUUAUCGAACGUGCAGCACUAUUCUCCGCUACCUGUAUCACACACAGUCUAUUUUUACUAAAUGCCAAUCAACUCAGGAUUCAUAGUUAGCUGCCAUUUUCCAACUCAACAAAAACACCUUCAGCUGAUUUUUUUUUUCUUCUAAAAAUCCGUCGUCCUUGAACAGCAAUAAAUUCCAAAAUGUACUUUGCAGAGAUUCAUCCAUUUGCUUUCUGUGCGAUAUAAACUAGCCACGUCUGGAUUUAGGAAUUCACAGGCUGUGGCUACAGUUUUUGCCCUUUAUCUACUGCCGUAGCCAUAGCCAUAGUCUUCAAUGCCAGAUUUGGAUUUCUGUCAUAGAAAAAAGGAAUGUACAUGUACAUGGUAUAUGUGCAGGUGUAAGGAACAUCAUUUAACAAUCACUCAACAGUAUCCAAGUUUUCUUCAGUGUCUAAGAGACAACAGAGCUUUGAAUUAUAACAGAUGCAUGUUUGAAAUACUGUCCUUUUUUUUUACAAGUAUUCAGAACUGGCAAAUCUGUAUCAAAAGAGGGCGCUAUUUAUAUGGACUAUUAACAGCUUCAGCUCCAUAUGAAUUUAAUAGUGUUCAGGUGGAUUUGCUCAAAAGAACACAUACACCUGACAACCUAUCCAUGUGUUGUCAACAGAGGGCGUUAUGGUCAAACUUUGUUUUGUUUUUAAUUCUUUUUUAUUAGAUUCAUUGCGAUUCCAUGGUGCUUCAAUAAAUGGCGAUAUAUUUAUACAUGUAAAUAGGUUUAGGUUGUAGCUCAGAUUCAGGAUUAGAAAUAGAGGCCUAUGUCUUAAACAUUUGCUAACACAUACGCAGAGCAUUGUAUUUCCCGGGAAGAUUGCAUUAAGCCUUAAUCUCUUCAAAUUUGGGGGGGGGGGAUAGAUUUUUCCCAUUAGAUGUAUGUUUAAAGAUCUAGGACUUCAGAGAAUUUGUGUCAUGAAAAAAAAAGUUCGGGAGUUAAGAAAGUUGGAAAAUAACCCGGGAUUCUUAUUCAUGAUCUAUCAGAAUUAUCUAAUGAGCCAUUGAGUCUUUCAAGUGUGUUGAAUUAUUUGUGUUUUUGUCCUUGCGUCAAGUUGGAUCAUAUUGUGGCCAGGACCCAUAUAAAUAGCUAUCCAGACUUGAAGCCUUGGUCACAUUUACUGAUACUCGAACAGAUAUUUUUGCGAUAGGGCGCCCUCUUCCGACUCAGAUGGAUUAAAUUAGUUGUACGGGAUGCAGUUUCAAGUAAUUCAUCGGUGUAUUAGCGAGACUGUAAACUUAACAUUGUGUUUUUCGAGUUAAUUACAUGUAGAUUGAAAUAGUGCACAAAUUUUACUUGUACAUAAAAGAAGAUAAUUAUUUACAUAAAUUAGCAUAAAUUAACCACAGAUCCCACCGUAGUCGUGUGGAGUGCAUGUCAUCAGCAUAUAAGUAUUCAGCGUGAUUGCUUCCAUAUCCAUGCGCAGUCCAUCAUCAAGUGUCCUUAUUUUCUUCUGCGCAUGCGGCUGCGAUUUGGCGUCUAUGAAUAAUUCAUUGAUAAGAUUUAUAAUUCAUGUAAAACAGUUGUGUCGUUUCAACCUUUAUAACCGACUGGUUCGGGUCGUUGAGUUAAAGACGUUGUCUUUUGUGCUAUCUUACACAGUUUGCCAACAACGGCUUGGUAGUUCAGUUCAACAUAAUUAUUAGCAUAUAAGGCAAAAAAAACCACGAUUUGACCAAAAUAGGAAGUUACUAAAGUACUCGCAGAAAUAAUGUUGGGCUUCGGCUGUAUUCUUAGCCUUACCUCAUAUAAAUUUGGUGCACCCAGGACUAAUAAUGUCAUUAUAAUCAUCGAUAAUACGUGAUAUUGUGAAUGUUUAGUGUGUUUUUAUCCAUCGAUUUGUAUCGGUUUUGUUAUACAAUUCGACACCAGUCGAAUUGUUGACCAACGCACACUUCCAAGUUAACAUCAAUUUUAAGUUUCAAAUCCCAAUGCCAGAUGUGAAAUUAAUGCGUUUCCAAUGCUAAUGUGUUCAUUUUUGUAACAUUGUUAUUUUAUACUGUAUUUUCCUUGUCCACAAAAGCGCUUUCAUUGUUUUGCCGGGGUUUUUUUUUAAUUUGAUUGCGAUCAGCUAAAGCAUAAACGACUUUAGAAGCUUAGUUACUGCAUAAUUAUGUUUACUGACUAAAAAUAACUUCAUCAUUAUAUCCAAGCGAUAAUAAACGAAAGCCAAAUAAGG